CUCGGAGGAGCCAUGGCGGGCACCGUGGGGAAGGUGGAGGGGAGCCAGGUGGCCCUGGAGGGUCCCCAACCGACCACCAUCAACAUCUCCCUCCACCAGGAGUCCGGCCUGGCCUACCUGUGCAGGGGGGUGGUGGCCCUGGCUCGGCCCAAAGCGGCCCCCAAGGAUGCCAAGGAUGCCAAGGAUGCUGGCGAGGCUCCCCGCGCCCCCCGCCCGGCUGGGGGGGAGCAGAAGGUCUUGGGGGGAGCCCAGAUCCUGCUCGGCGCUGUCUGCAUCGGCCUCGGCGUGGUGCUGAGCGUAGUUCUGCCCAACGGUGAGCUAUCCAACUACUUCAAGCGGUCAAUCUAUAACGGAGUCCCUUUCUGGAUGGGCGGCCUGUUCAUCCUCUCCGGCACCUUCUCGGUGGUGGGCGCACGACGCAGCGGAUACUGGGUCCACCUGGCCACCUUCCUCAACCUGGGCAGCGUCGUGGCAGGCUCGGUGGCCUUCACGCUGGGCUUGACGGAUUUCGCACCCCUGUUCUACGAACCCUACUUUCUUGAUAAGCUCUGCAAGCACAGAGCGGAGCACCAGGGUUACCGCUCGUGGGAAGCGACCACCAGACCUCCGUAUGACGACAAGAGGGACCAAGAGCGGGCCAAGCAGUGCCAGGAGACUCUCAUGGGGCUCGUGCGCAUGUGGAGCAGCACCCAGAUCCUCCUGCUGAUCGUGCAUGUCGCCGCUCUGGCCACCGCCCUCUUCUGCUUCAGAUACGGCCUGCGCCGCCUGUGCUGCUCCUGCUGGGGAGGCUGGCGGGACUACGUGGCCCUGGAGGACCCAGACGUCUCUUCUGUGCCCGACGAUCUGGGCAAAGAGCAGAGCCCUGCCUGAGGGGCACGGAGGGAAGCCCCCCAAGCCCAACACCGGCCUUUGGUGCUUCCCCGGGACCAAAGAGCAGCUGAAGGGCUUCCCAGCCGCGACUCCCGAACUACGAUACUCCGAAGUUACCCACCGCUUCUCACGCAAGCAUUCUCCUCCUGCACGCACAGUGAAUAAAAAUAAA